CACUGCCAGGUUCACAGUUAUUCUGUUACAGAUCAAGACCACAAUGAGAGCAGUCAGUGUUUGCCUGAUCCUACUUCUUGUGACGUCUCAUAUGUCCGUCGCCAAGAAAUUCACCAAGUGCCAGUUCCUGAAAGAACUAAAGAAAGGAAACGCUGCAAAAAAAGAUUUAGCAACCUGGGUGUGUAUAGCUCAGCAUGAGAGCGGUUUGAAUACAAGAGCUAGGGGCGGGCCCAACAAGGACGGAAGUUAUGACAAUGGAAUAUUCCAGAUCAACGACAGAUACUGGUGCAAAGAAAAAGGCGUAGGCGGAAGUUGCAACAUUAAUUGUGCAAAACUCAGAGACGACAACGUGGCCGAUGACAUCAAAUGCGCAUUGAAGAUCAAGAAGUCUCAAGGAUUUAAGGCUUGGGUCACUUACCCGAAAUAUUGCAAGAAGGCUACCUUACCCAGUUGUUGAAGUCGCCCCCAAAAUCCACUGGCUUAUUCAGAAAAUAAGGAAAAUAAUUCAGGCCAAAUAACAAUGGAAAAUGACCUCAAUGCAUUGACUUCUAUACACACAGCACCUCAGAGUUUAUUCUGAAAUAAUUGUGGAAAAGAAUGUGUUUCAUGAUCACCAAAUGUCCCUUGUGUGACAUAUCAUUAAUUUUUAUACAAGUUCAUACACAGGGAUAUUAUUAAUGUUUAAAUCUUCUGACAACCUCUCAUUUGCCUCAUUGUUUAAUCAAAUAACAGAUCUCUAUAUAACUACAAUAAAAUUGUUCACAUAUAAUUUCCAUAGAGGAAAUAAGUGACAUUUUAUUAUCAAAAUAAAAGAGAGAAACACGUAGCAUAUAUAUCACUAAAUGUAAGAAUGUAAUAUUUUGUGUUUCUUUGCAGUUCCUUCCAAAUUUGGUCCCCAUUGGGAAUUUAAGUGUGCUGUUUUAGAAAAUUUUAGUCAAUAACAUUAAAUAUAUUGUUAACAAUAAACUGUAACAUACGAAUUAAUAUAAACCAAAUAAAGUCUAUGUUUCUUCGCAA